GGCUGCUGUCCAUUCCCAAGCCGAGCCAAUCAGCGUAUUUCCUGUUCCACCUCCCGCCAUAAAAUGGUUUCUCUUUCCCUUCCACCUACGACCUACAAGAAAAACAAUCUGUUUACUGGCGCUGCUGCCCCUUGAGAAUUAGGUUGGAAAAUGCAAACGUCCUCCAUGAAUGCCCUUGAGAUCCGAGAGCAGGACCUCAAAGAGAUGGGCUCCCUGAUCCAAUCCCGGGUGGUCUUGGAAGUGUCCACCCAGGUCCAGUCACUCCUGGAUUCCCUGGACAGCACCACGCUGGACAUUGCAGUGACAGGGGAAUCGGGUGCGGGCAAAUCCACCUUCAUCAAUGCUCUGCGGGGUCUACAUGACGGUGACCCCUGUGCCGCCCGCACCGGUGUUAUCGAGACCACGGCUUCACCCACGCCGUACCAGCACCCUCACCUGCCCAGCGUCCGGCUCUGGGACUUGCCUGGCAUCGGCACCCCGUGCUUCCAAGCCGAGACCUACCUGCACCAGACUGGGUUUGAGAGGUACGAUUUCUUCAUCAUUGUUGCCUCUGAGCGCUUCCGGGAGAGCCACGUGGGGCUGGCCCGUGCCGUGAAAGCCAUGGGCAAACGCUUCUACUUUGUGCGGUCCAAGGCAGAUCAGGACUUGCGUGCCUCACAGCGGCGACGGCCGACCCGGUUCCAGGAGGCUCAGGUGCUGCGGGAAAUGAAGGAAGACUGCGUCCGCCAGCUUCAGAAACAGGGCCUGGAUUCUCCCAAGGUCUUCCUGGUCUCCAGUUUUGAACUGCACCGCUUUGACUUCCCGCUCUUGCAGGAGACGCUGGCAGAAGAGCUGGAGGGCCACAAGAGGCACGUCCUCCUGCUGUCUUUUCCGUCCGUCACGGCUGCAGCUGUGCAGAAGAAGAAGAACUCCCUGCGCAAGCACAUCUGGAAGAAGGCCCUGCUGGCCUCCUUUGUCUCCGCUUUGCCCGGCCUUCCCAUCCACCUGAACGUCCCGAUGCUCAUGAACACCCUCGUCACGUACCGCAGGAAUUUCGGCCUGGAUGACGCCUCUCUGGGGGCCUUGGCCCUGGCGUCUUCUAAGCCGUCUUGCGAACUGAAAAGUCAGGUCUGCUCGACUUUAGGGAGGGAUCUCUCAGAGAAUGCCGUCCACAGCAUCUUGAGCCAAGCUGCCCUCUAUGGGCAAAUGGCUGCCCAUUUGGUGAAGAACAAGGUGCCCCUUUUGGACAACUUAGUCGCCGGGGGCAUCUCUUUUGUGGCCGCUUAUUAUCUGCUGCACACGGCCCUCGACAGCUUUGCGCAAGAUGCCCAGAGGGUCCUUGAAAAGGCCUACAGUUUUGAGGAUGAAGCCCAAGGCUCGCUCUGUUAUCCUCCGGAUCCCGGGUUCCUCUUCGAUUGAGGUUGGGCCAGGCAGGGGCGGAAUUCUGGCAGGAGCUGCUUUGCAUAUUAGGCCACACACCCCUGAGGUAGCCAAUCCUCCUGGAGCUUAGCAAAAAAAGAGCCUUGUAAGCUCUUGGAGGAUUGGCUACAUCAGGGGGUGUGGCCUAAUAUGCAAAGGAGCCCCUGCUAGAAUUCCACCCCUGGAGUGAGGAAAGAAUUCACCAUGCAAGCACUUGUGAUCGCCAAAUGUUCACUACCCCUGCUCAGCUUCCGUUUCUCUUCAUAUAUUGUCCUGCCGGGCCCAACUGGAGCUUAGGAACGCACUGAUAAAUCUGAAUAUUUCCACCAGAGUGUUUUCCAAGCGUAACGAGGAGGAGAUACCUUCAAUGAACGGUACUGCUAUAAACUGGAAACAUAUAUUAUGCACUUAAGCGUGGUAGGACUGGAUGUCGGAGAAUUGUCUCUGUGUUGUGGAUGACAUACGGGUAUCACUGCAUUUGGUGGAUUUUAUAAACCUUCUGGUUUCCCCUGCUGUGACAGCAAAAUAUGUCUGAUUCUUGUGCCUUUCUGGGUUAGGGAGUGAUGGCUGUUGGAGGAACAGCUGGGUUUUUUUUGUUGCAGGAACUCCUUUGCAUAUUAGGCCACAGUCCCCUGAUAUAGCCAAUCCUCCAAGAGCUUACAGGGCUCUUGCUACAGGGCCUGCUGCAAGCUCCACGAGGAUUGGCUACAUCAGGGAGGUGUGGCCUAAUAUGCAAAGGAGUUCUUGCUACAAAAAAGCCCCUGGGGCUUCCCAUAUGGAAGAUGAACGCAGAUAACUAUGCCAUUUUUACAGGGUAUAUCUUUUCCCAAUGGAAUUUUUAAAAUGUGUGUGUUUGGGGAGGGGGGGCGGGUCUGGGGAAAUUAGAACAGCAAUGAUGUUGACAAUUUUAAAUAAUUCUGAUGGGAGGGAGUUUUACUGGGAGAAGGCAGGACUUUGAUAUUUAUUCAGCGGCUGGCCUAACUGCAGGUUUUCACUGGAGAUGGUUCAGUGGGGGUGGGGGGUGACAUCAGGAGAAAGAUGCUGGAAGGCUGUUUUGCCUGCCAACCGUAAUAGUAUCAAUUUCUGCAAUGCUGGAGACCUUCCAGGGCAUUCCACAGAGUCAUCACGUGUGCUCAAAAGCUUAAUCUCCACAAGGACCAGUUCUGUCUCUGCAUCGUCUGUGAGCGGGUUUGAACUUUUGUUAGCGCCCGGCUAAUAUCCUCAAAGACAACACAGUUGAGCUUCUUUUUUUUUCCUUUUUGGGAGCCAUGCAACACCCUGGGGAGCAACGAGGGACUUUUGAAAUGGCAAUUGCAGUGGGGGAAAAAGAACACCAAAGUUUUCCCAGCAGGCUGGUGGCAGACAUAGCCGCCGCAGUCAAUGCCUCAUCUUGCUAUUGGCAAGGACGUCACAUUGCGUAAAAGGCUAGCUCUCUUAAUGUAUUACCGUCUCUUUUUCUUCUUUUAUUAAAAAAACCCCUUAAAAUACAGAUUUCUGCUAAUUAGAAAGCUUAGUAGCUGAUGGCUUGUGAGGCGCCGUGCUCUCUGAUCUCUUAAUAGCUGCACUGACAAGAGGAAAGUUGCCUUUCUCAAGAUACAUAUUUUUGGCAAAGUGAAGAAUUUUCAAUCCAGUAAAAUAUCAAUUCAAUAAAAUGUUUAUUCUUCUG